AUGUCCAACCGGUUAGAAUCGCUCAACUCGAAAAAGCCGGGCGCCAAACCGGCACUCAAAUUCAAACCCAAGGCCGUCGCCAGAAAAAGCAAAGAAGCUCGUGAAAAAGAUGCGCCAGCAGUGAAAACAGAAGAACCUUCUCGCUUGCCGCCAACCCGUGGAAGAGGCGGCGCCAGAGGCAGGGGAAGAGGCAGAGGAGGCGCUUAUGUUGGCACCCACUUGGUUUCGGCCGGUCCUUUGGCUAUGGGCUCUGUGAGCGUAGGACCAGGCACCACCAACUCAAAAACAGGCCUUACUAGUGAUCGAAUCUAUGGCGUGGACAAUACACUGAAUGACCCUUUGGCACACUUGAAGAGCCGAAAAAGCAAGUCUGCAACGCCUGACGCGGCUUCAGAUGACGAGGAUGACCCGAGAAAAAUCAACAUGAGCAAAGAGUACGCAUUUGAAGAAAGCGAGGUAGUUUUGUUCCCCGUGAGACCACAGAAAGACGAACCCGAGGAAAAGGCGGCUGUUGGAGCUCUCUCGACUACAACGCUGGUGUCGAAUACAAAGUCGCCAACCGUAGAGUCUGUGAAAUCUGAACUGCUGGAAGAAGUUGCUCAACCCCAAGUUAUUGGUCCAGACGAUGCACUUGAAACGGCAGAAUACAACCGCCACAUCGAUGAUCGACUGGAUAUAGUUGACUUGCUCACAACACACUUGAGUGGGUUAAAGACAGAUGAAGAUGGGGCAGGACCGGGUGAAAAGUACUUCACUGUUCACCUUCCACAAGUGAUUUCAGAGUCUUCGGAAGAGAUCGAGCUCAAGUCCACGUUUGCCAACUCAAACAACCAGAACAUCGAGGGCCAUGUGGGCAACAUUAACUUUCACAAAUCAGGCAAAAUUAGCAUCAGCAUUGGCAAUACUCUUUUCGAUGUCUCUGCUGGUGUGCCAUCUUCUUUCCUUCAAGAGGUUGUUGUGCUAGACUCGCACGCAGCACGGAAAUCGGACGAUGAUGAGUCCGAAAUGCUUGAUGCCGAUGGCAUGAAAAUUGGCGGAAAUAUAUUUAGACUCGGUGAAGUGGCUGGGAAAAUCGUUGCUACACCUACUGUAUAA